ACGGCCCCCGGGUGCUGCUGCCGCGGUCAGCACCCGGCACCGGGCCGCCGAGACAGGACGGCUCUUGCGAGGGGCUGAAGGGGCCUCGGGAGGCUGGUGCUGGCGCGCCGUGGCGGGGCAGGUGCCUCGGCUGCGGGAUUGCGGAGCGCCAACCCGCUCACUCGGCAGAGGACAUGCGGCAGCAACCGGACACCCUCGGGGGGUGUGUGUGUGUAUUGGACUCGCUCCUCCCCGCCGCUCCCGGCCGGCUCCCCCGAGUACCGGUGCGGAGGGCCGGGCCUGCUCCGAGGAGGCGGUGGCGGUCGGCAGCGAGUGGGGCAGGUCGCGGUGGGCAGCGCCCGGCCCUCCCCCUGCGAGGGGCUCCCCCCUCUCCACCCCCCGCCCGCUGCUGCCAAGGAGCGGUUGGGGGCAUUUAUAGGAGUAACAACGCUCGUGAUGUCAGCCCGCGCCUAAAAUAGAGAGGGAUUGACUGCAAAUCCACGGCUCGAGGGCUAAAACCUUCCAAUCCAGCCUCCGCCAGCGCCGCGCCGGUGUGAAGACACCCCCACCCCGCGCACACAGACACACGGACAGACACACACCCCGCGGCGAGGGGAGGGCGCCGGGGACCGCAGCCCAGGUGCCCGCUCCUCCUCCUCUUCCUCCUCUUCCUCCUCCUCCUCUGGCCGCCGGGCACUGCUGGUCCCCGGGGCACGGCGAGCCCGCGGCGGGGCGGGGGAGCGGCGGGGAGCGGAGCUGCCGGAUCCUCGCCCUGCGGAGCCCCCAAGGAUUACAAGGAAUUGCGUGCUCCUUCGCAGCCGCGAGCGAAGGUUACCCCAGCCAGCCAGCCUCCUCCUGUCCAAAAUAACCCCUCGGACUCCCGAGAAGACAGGGAGGCUUUCGGGACCAUGGCAUCGACAGAAGGGUAAAAAGCUGAGGAUGGAGAUAAGCUUCACACUCUGGCCUAAAGGUCAGCAAACUCAGGCACCAUAUGGAUCCUCAGGGAAAGUGAUACUGACCAGACCUGUUCCAGAAAGGCUUUCCACCAGCACUGGCACAGUGGGAAAGAGGUAGCAGAAAGUGCCCGCUGCAGCAAGCAGAGCAGUGUAUCUCAGGCACGCACAGUGCCAACAAUAUGCCUAAGCAAGUAGAAGUGCGGAUGCAUGAAAGUCAUUUAAGUCCCGUGGAGCACAGAUCCAGGAACAUAUGUGUGCAGUUCUGCCAGUCGCUCCAUAGGAAUCUGCUCCUGACUCUAACUGUCUUCGGUGUCAUUCUGGGUGCAGUGUGUGGGGGUCUUCUUCGUCUAGCAACUCCUAUUGACCCUGACAUCAUCAUGUUAAUAGCCUUCCCAGGAGAUAUACUUAUGAGAAUGCUAAAAAUGCUGAUCCUCCCUCUAAUUAUCUCCAGUUUAAUCACAGGACUGUCUGGUUUAGAUGCUAAAGCAAGUGGCCGAUUGGGUACAAGAGCCAUGGUCUACUACAUGUCCACCACUAUUAUUGCUGCUGUGCUGGGUGUGAUUUUGGUUUUAGCCAUCCAUCCAGGGAAUCCAAAACUCAAGAAACAGCUUGGUGAAGGGAAGAAGAAUGAUGAAGUAUCUAGCCUGGAUGCUUUCUUGGAUCUGAUCCGAAACCUGUUCCCUGAAAAUCUAGUCCAAGCAUGCUUUCAGCAGAUCCAAACUGUCACCAAGAAAGUGCUGGUGCCACCACCCAUAGAAGAAGCACCUAAUGUCACUGACUCUGCUUUUGCUCUGAUGAAUGAGACAGCGCGUGAAGCACCACCAGAAGCCCAGCUGGUCAUUAAGAAGGGACUUGAAUUUAAGGAUGGCAUGAAUGUCCUGGGUUUGAUAGGAUUCUUUAUUGCUUUUGGCAUUGCUAUGGGGAAAAUGGGAGAACAGGCCAAGAUGAUGGUGGAUUUCUUCAACAUCCUGAAUGAGAUCGUAAUGAAGUUGGUGACUAUGAUCAUGUGGUACUCCCCUUUGGGCAUUGCUUGCCUCAUUUGUGGAAAAAUCAUUGCAAUCAAGGACUUAGAAGUAGUUGCUAGACAACUUGGCAUGUACAUGGUCACUGUGAUUGUGGGUCUUGUCAUCCAUGGAGGGAUCUUCCUGCCUCUGCUCUAUUUUGUGAUAACAAGGAAAAGCCCAUUUUCCUUCCUUGCUGGGAUUUUCCAGGCAUGGAUCACAGCGCUAGGCACAGCUUCCAGUGCUGGAACAUUACCUGUCACAUUCCGGUGCCUUGAAGAAAAUCUAGGCAUUGAUAAGCGUGUAACAAGGUUUGUUCUUCCGGUUGGAGCAACUAUUAACAUGGAUGGAACUGCCCUUUAUGAAGCUGUGGCUGCAAUAUUCAUAGCACAGAUGAAUGGAAUUGAGCUGGAUGGAGGCCAGAUAGUUACUGUGAGUUUGACUGCCACCCUUGCAAGUGUUGGAGCUGCCAGUAUUCCCAGCGCAGGACUUGUCACUAUGCUGCUGAUCCUCACUGCAGUGGGUCUCCCUACCCAGGACAUCAGUUUGCUUGUUGCUGUUGACUGGCUUUUGGACCGGAUGAGAACGUCAGUCAAUGUAGUGGGGGAUUCUUUUGGUGCUGGCAUUGUCUACCACCUUUCCAAGGCAGAACUUGACACCAUUGAUUCCCACCAUAAAGGUCACGAAGACAUUGAAAUGACCAAGACUCAGUCAAUCUAUGACGACAUGAAAAAUCAUAGGGAAAACAACUCAAACCAAUGUGUUUUUGCUGCUCACAACUCAGUCAUAGUAGAUGAGUGCAAGGUAACACUGGCAACCAAUGGCAAAUCUGCAGACUUCAGUAUUGUGGAAGAAGAGCCUUGGAAACGUGAAAACUAAGGGAAGAGAUUCCUAGCUCCAUCUUUCAUAAGCGAUGAAGCUAUCUUCUGGCAAAAGAUACCAUGAUUCAAGAAGAUUUCUCUUUUUUUUUUUUCCUCUAUUUAACAUCUACAGUUUCAGCUUACUUAAUUUCUUAACUGAAACUUAGCAAAGAUCUCAUCAUGUCAUUGUAGUGUCUUUGCCAAGCAAUCAUCCGUAACCAUCUGUCUCCCUUGAGUUACUGUUUGGAUGAUGCAGCUGGAGAACACUCCAUGCAAUGCAAUGUGCUCUCACCCACCUCCCCUUUCAUUCAAGACACAGAGAAUGUAAAUGCUGCAAAAUGGGAAGAUAAAAGUGCCAGUACAGUUCACUAUAGGGACUCAGGAUCACACAUACAGGAGAAACAUAACACCACGUAAGCCUUCAAGUGUUUUGGUGACUCUUGUGGCAUACCUGAUCUAUUUAGCACUGUAUGGCUAAAAUAUCUUUUAAAAAUCUCCAUAAAGAAUUCUGUUUGUUUUAAUAAUAACAAGCACUGUAUUUUUAUGUCUAGUUGUACUUCAAACUGAACUUAGAUCCAGGGGCAAGAUUAAUGUAUAGAAGUUAAUAAAUUAUCGUAGACAUUUUGUUAGAUCAGUACAACUAAUACUUAGCAUCAAGACAAGACCUUAGAUUUGUAUGUGCACGUGAUGUGCUUUUUAUCAGCUGUCCCAGGGCGGGUGCAGCCUUUAUUUUACGAUGAGGCUGUGCUGCUUUGUGACUACAAUGCAUCAUAUAAUACAAGGCAGUAUCAUUGCAGGGGUGGUAGUUCCUGUACUAAAUCUAUGCCUGAUGUACAAAAUCCAGAAUACCAUGGGCUCAGUUAUUCCAUUUUUAAUCAGAGCAGGUAGCACCUUACUAUUUACCCUACUCUACUGAUAUCAGAGGGAUUCCUCAUGUGGACGGGACUAGUCAAGUAAAGUACUACUAAGACUGCUUGCAGAUGUCAUGAUUGGGUACUUGAUAAUGACCUAUAAGCAAAUUCUGAAUCCAUUACUCUAAGAAACUGGGAGGUUUUGAAUGUGAUCAUCAGUGACAUCUGGUAUGAAUUGAAAGCCAUCUUUCAAGUAUGUGUUGUAUUUCAGAGAAUGGCUAAAUCCUGAAUUCAUUGCUAAGGCAAAUUCCAUAUAGGUUUAAUAGAAUUUGGCCAGGGUUAGGACUGAAGGAAGAAUAAAGCAGAAUUUCAGGAUUUAGUCCAGUACAUUGGAUAUACAUCUCUCUCUUUUUCAGAGUAACAAUUCAUGUAACUCUCUAAUGUCAGAGAAAUGUUUUUAGAGCACAUGGCAUCUGAAUUAACGAGAUGGUGUUUGUCAACAUAGGAUAGCUGAUUCAUCCAGUCAGAAGAAAUUACAGUCACAAUGAUCACCCUGUGAAAUGUUUUUAAAGGUGCUUGUUAAUACUCAGCAAUUUUAAGACACUGAUAAAUGCUGUUAUACUAUCAGCAAUGUUCUAUAGCAAAGCUGAGCCACGUGGCCUUGGAGGGCUCUAUCCGCAGAACAAAUUUUGUGCAAUUUUGGAGGGAGCUCUCGGAGGUUCUCAGAAAGAAUCAGAACACGAGCAUGAACUUAAAAAUGGUAGAAAACGGAGUUGAAACGUUUACGGAAAUAGGCCAUUCAGUGUCUAUGCUCAGACCUGUCAUGGGUUUAAACAGGAAUAAUAUUUUUUAACUGUAGAGUGGUAUUUGGCUAUAUAGAAGCUAUUAAAAUAUAAACACAAUAUGCUUUUGCUCAUCUGCAUUCAUAUAAAUAUCCCCAAAAAUGCACAUGGACCUUAGCCAGCCAAGGCUGCUUGCAUGAUUAAUAAUGUGCAAGAUCAAGUCCAUUGUCAGAGUAUCCCUCAUUUAAGCAUUUGUUGUUGUGAAGUAUUUUGCUUGCCAUUGUAUUUUUGUCCUUAUUUGCAUGGCAGGGGUACAAUCCUAAGCAAAAUGGCCUACAUAAUUUAACAAAUAUUGAAACACUGUGAAUUCUGUUGGCCUCUAACAUGUAUUAGAAGUGGAGACCUUUUCCAGAGGCUUCCUGAAGCAUCUUAAGGAUUAUUUUUUUUCAUGAGGGAUAAAAUUGUAGGAUAUUCAGAGGAGUGGUAGUCAGGUUGCAUUCUCAUUUCUGUAGUCCUUGGUAUUGGCAUAUCCAGAGUUAACCUAUAGAGCUGGCUGCUGCUUCUCACAAUUUGCGUUAGAAGACAUUUUUACCACUGGGUUAUGUGCCAGAAAUGUGCCUGGGAUAGUGCGUAGGUGCUCUAAAAUGUUACCUACUCUGAGGGUGCUGGCUCACAUCAAGUGAAAUUUACUGUGGCUUGAGUCAUAGUCAUAUCCAAGAAUAACACACAGUGUUUACUCCGGUUUAUAUCCAGUAUUCUUGAGAGACUUCACAGCACAGCUUGACCAUUACAAGAUGACUUUCCAUCCUCUUCACUGAAGCAAUUUCUUAGGAGCAGUGACUCUGAUUUCUUGCCUUGCAAGAAGCUUUAGAAAACUGGUCCAUACACUUUUAGCUGUCAUUUGAAACUGUUUAGCAGUUGGAAACAAAUAGGAAUGCCAGCAACAUGUGACUCGGCAGCUCCACAAAAUUACAUAUUAAGAAAGACUUUUAGAAUAUGCUUACACUUCUCCACUUGGGACAGAUUGUCCUUUGAAGAACGCUUCUUUGGAUGGAGACUAGGGGAGGAAGGAAUGGUGCUAGAGAGACCCCACCCGCAUAAGGGAGAAUAAAUCUGGGUGUUUUGAUAGGACUAGAAUAGCAGACUGAUUUUAAAAUAGUAAUUCUGUAGAUACAGUAACUCAGGGAUGUUUCGAAAGAUAAUUAUGAUGGUAUUUCUCUAUUUAAAUGUGGAUGUGGGAGAAGAAGAAAUGUUGGUUUUGGUAUACUCGUCUGCUUUUAGCCUGAUGGAAUAUUUAAUAUAGUGUUACUCUGGUGCAGCACUGUAUUUAACCAUCAAAAAGCUUUCCAUUUCUCUGGGAAAAUGUAACUCACUCUUGGCUUGCAUUUCUUGAUUUGCUCAUUCCACAUGGGGCUGGGUUGCUACUUAACUAAACAAACAGAAAAUGACCCAGGGGCUGGCCACUUCAGCUAAUACAAGGCUCACAUUUCAGCAGACCGUGCUGGUUACUUGCCAGUCUCUUUUUACCUUCACUAGGAGUGUGGAUGCACUAAUUUGGAUCUGGCAAACCUUUUGUAUUUGUUCACAGUGCUGGCAAAGUUAAAGGAAAAGCACAGUGGAUAGUGACCUGUUUUCUGUGUAGUUCCUAAACAAAUUUCUUUGUACCUUCAUCUCAUUUGCUGCUCUGCACCCCCCCAUUCCCGCCCCACCACCUCCUUGUCUGUGCAACUGCGAUAUCCUUUGCCCUUUGGCUUGCUGAUAGGACACUGGCACAUGGAAAAGUCUAGACCAGGCAAAGACUCAGUUAAUUGCAUGCUUAAUUAAGUACAUGCUUAUGCAUUUGCUUUCUGCAUUUACUGCUGAAGCUAAGUUGGCAUCUGUCCAUUGAAACUAAAGUGCACUGAACAUUGAAACUGCAGAAGAGAUGGAGCACUUUGCUAGUGAAUUUAUUUCUUCAUUGCUUCCCUUAAAAGACAAAGGCUGCACCAGCAUUGUAAGAAGAUGCUUCAAAUAGGUAGGAGAUAAGCCAUUUGAACCAUAUUAUGGGAUGUGCUCUUUCUGCCUGAAUUGGCGAGAAACUCAGUAUGUCUUUGAAAAACUGUGUUUGUUGAAGUAAAAUCUGUGUCUUCAAUACUCUGACUAAAUGAAAGCCCCACUGAAAUCUGUGGGAGUCAUGGGCUUCCAGGAAAGGUCAAGUCACUUCUUGGCUGCGUUAAGUUGUAAGACAUUUCACAAUCCCAUCCCAGGGAAUAGUCUUUGUCUGCUAUUUAUAAGCACGUUGAUUCUCACAUCAAAAUCAAAAAAGAUUUCUGUCAAGAUGCUGCUUUUUUGCCUAAUUGUUUCUAUGCUACACGUCCAGCAAUGAGUUUAAAACUCAGCACAAAAAUAAGGGAUUUUUCCAUUUCUUCCUGGAGAUCCAGCUGAUCUCCAUUUCUUUCUCAAAGCACACGGAAUUCCAAACUUUGUGCCACUUAAAAGCAUAUAGUAUAGAUUUCUGAUUUGUUUUCCAUCACUCCCAGACUCAUUCGUCUCCCAGCAGUAGAUACUCGGAAGAGCAGACUGCUCGUCGAGAAACUGCAGCGACAGUGUUUGAACAAAUUUAUUCUGGCAACUGCCUGGAUUUUCUUCGUUUCCUUGCAUUUGCUUGUGUUGUUGCAGCCCUGUUGUGGCAACACAGCAGCAAGAGCACAAAUCCCCAAAACCAUAGGCAGUAUUAAACCUCACCUCUAACACUCACUUCUGCAAUCAGCUUUAUCUUUAGUACUGGGCUCGAAAGAAUCCUUCUGUGGAAAUAUAAAGAUAUAACUGUUUCUCAUUUCAUUAAGUUCCAUUAUCUAUUUUUAUGGAUGCAUUUGAAUUAAUUUACAGAAGGAUAAAUAAGGGCACUUUAUAAAACUGUACUGUAAUAUUAUCCUUUUAUGAGCCAGAAGACUAUCCUUGAUUUUAUUACUGUGACUUCUAAGGCCACGAUUAAGUAUUUGUCAUAGUAGUUAUUAUGAUGGGUGUAUAGUCCACUGGGACAAUUCACCUUGGCAAUAAUUCACCAUAUAAGACUAUGUAGAAGCUCCUGUUCCCACACUCUUGGGAAGAUGAGUUAUUUUCUUCCCUCCAACCAUAUUGAUGACUUUUGUUUCCAACAGGCACUAGGGCUUGUCUCUCUGUGGUCCCCCAGCCUGGGUACAGAUUGUACGAUGGGUGCCUCCCUCAUUUUUUCCUCCUGAUCAUGUUGGAUGUGAAGUUGAAAUCUGCUGCUAUGAAUGAGUCAAACCACUGCUGAUGUCCAGGUGCUGAUAAUUCUUUUACAUCUUGUUUGGUUGAGCUUCCUGGCACAAGGCUCUGAGGAACCAUCCCUUCCCAGAGACAUUUUCCCCUGUUUGGGGGAAAUCUGGUGACUUCCCACUGUGGGAUUGAUACAAAUCUUAAUGGAGAAGGUGGUUGUGUACUUGCAACUAUGGGUUUUAUGGAAAACCCAGGCUCCAAACACUGAAAAAACUAGAGUAUGUGAUUGAGCCACUGAAUAGGUCUCUACUAGUUCAGGAUGGAGAUAACCAACAGGCUAAGUGCAGGAUUUGGGGAGGCAAAAAGACUUGUGAGAUUUCUCACUUCACUCAAAUUUGAUCCCCUUUCACAUCCAACUGCAUCUGUUGCAGAGCCAAUGCUGAUUGAUGCCAGAGUGUCCAAUCCCUCUAGUCUGAUUUGUCAAAAUUCAGGAGUCCUGCAGUUGUUUUUAAUGAUGCUCUGUGGCCCACAGCAUUACAUGAAGGGAAACUGUCAUAGGCAGCAUCACACAACCUGGAUUGUCUGGUACCUGUAUAUUACUUUGUACAUAAAUAGGAUAUUUCACAGGGAUUUUUAUAUCAUUCUUUUCUAUUUUAUUUUUUUUUCUACAGUUUUUCAAAGACUGGAUGCAAACUGUGUUUACAAAUUGAUUUUGCAGUCAGUAUUGUAGAUUGUAACAUUUCCAUUUUGGUGUUUUAUAUGGGCUUGUGAGUUCUUGAAUACUACAGGUUGACCUUCCUUCUUAAAGACAAUUGCAUACACUUCCAUCCAAUAUAUCUUGCUUCUUUCUUAAAUAUAUCAAGUUUCCUAGCUUCUGAUGUGAACUCUCACUUGUAGAAUGCAUCAGAAAAAGCUGCAUAUGUAUUUAUAUUGUUAAAUAUGAUAUGCUCAAUAUGGAUUUAGUUAUUAAUACAGGUUUUACGAGUUUGUACUUGUUCUCUGGAAACUACAGUGUAGACUGAACUAAAUUACUUAGUAUCUGUACUUUACAGACACACUAAUAUUUUCUUAGAAUGUUUUCUAUAUACCCAUAUAAGGUAAGGGAUAAUCCUUUAUAGGCAAUUUGUACCUUAGAACAAAACCAGUUUUCUUAGAACAUUUAGGAUGGGUGAAAUGUUUUUGUGUUAUGUUUAGUGUUGAAUUAUAAACAAAGCACAAAAUGCAAGAAGCAAAUAGGAAUUUCAAGAUCAUAGAAUCAUAGAAUCACAGAAUGAUUUGGAUUGGAAGGGACCUUAAAGCUCAUCCAGUUCCAACCCCAUGCCACGGGCAUGGACAGCUUCCGCUAGACCAGGUUGCUCCAAGCUCCGUCCAACCUGGCCUUGAACACUGCCAGGGAUGGGGCAGCCACAGCUUCUCUGGGCAACCUGUGCCAGCGCCUCACCACCCUCACAGGGAAGAACUUCUGCCUAAGAUCUCAUUUAAAUCUCCCCUCUGUCAGUUCAAAGCCAUUCUCCCUUGUCGUGCCACUACAGGCCCUUGUAAAAAACCCCUCUUCAGCUUUCCUCUUUGCCCUUUAGGCACUGGAAGCUGCUCUAAGGUCUCCCCAGAGCCUUCUCUUCUCCAGGCUGAACGAGCCCAGCUCUCUCAGCCUGAGGCGUCCUUAAAUGCUGCAGUUCAUUACAGAACAAUGUUAUACUAAUCUGAACAAUCUUCUAGAUUGACUGUCUUGGGCAAUCGUCCCUUAUUUUUGUCAUUUUUCCUGGUGUUACCUUUGCCAGAUCCUACAGUUCUUUCUUAGGAUGUGAUCACAUAUAAUUGGCUGACUCAGAAUACAGCUAAAGAAAGCUGGAGAUCUGCAUAAGCAAAAAAUAUGUUAUCAGGUACCCAGUCCAUCUAGCUACAGUACAUUGUAUAUGAGUUCAGCCUGUGGAAAGAACUCGUGAUUUGGCCACCAACCUUUGCCUUCUUGAAAAGGGACCAACUAUGGGACCAGUCUAAUUGGCUAGCAUCUAUACAAACACCUCCUGCUUUCUUAUGUAUUUUAAAGAGAACAACCACUAUAUUUUUUGACCAGGACAAGUGACAGUUGCUUCUCUAUUAUGGUCACCUGUUCCCAUUAGGCAAAUACCUGUUGACGUUAAGGCUGUGGCUAUAAUAAUUUCUAAUUAAUCAAAAAGGAACUGGGUUUAGAGGAAUAAAAAUAAAUUAAUAUAAAUAUCAUAACAAUUACAUCACUAAAAAUCUUUUAUGGCCUAUUAGUUCUUUGACUGUGAGUUAAAACAAAGAAAACAUUGAAUAGCAAUUACUGCUGUCCCAGUAUGACUGAUACUGGGUAUGUAUGUCUUCAACUAUUCAGAAAUCCCUGGGGCCAUGUUAUUCUGCUGAGGUUUUGGAGUCUAAAUUCCUAGUUGAUGUAUAUGUAGAAGUGUGUUGAUAUAUCCUUGUGUUUUACUCUCUUUCUUGUACUUUGAGUCAGAUGUACCAGGUAUUAUCUUAAUAGGUACUGCAGGUAGAAUAGUUCUGAGUUACUAAUAGUUGUAAAACUUUAUUGAUACCAGUUUUGACAUUUUGUUGAAGCAUGAUGUCCAGUGCCUCUCUGCACUUAGUGUAGAUAAUGUAGCUAUCGAUAUGUAAUUUCAGUGAAAUGGUGUAUACAGUAUGUGUAGCAGUGCUCUAAUUUAAUUUAAUUGGUUUCUGUGUAUUGAGUCACAGUAGAAAAUUAGACUGUCUUUUAAAAUCCUGUUCUACUUUCUGUCUGUCAUUUGUAUCUGGGUUUGUUUCCUUUUGGCCAUUCAAUUGAUUAGUUUCCACUGCUUAGUGAUUGAUUUGUCUAUUAUGGAGUAUCCUGUUCCGAUAACAUUCAGAAUCAUGUACACAGCCAAUUUACCAUAAAAAUGUUAUUCUUAGUUUUCAGCUAUCUAACCAGAGUGUAGUACCAGUUAGUACCUGCAUGCGUGUAGUUCCCUGGCACUGAGUGAAAGUGUUCCCAGCAUAGAUUUAUUGCCUUGUGAAUGCAGUUGUUACGACAUUAAGAAUUAGCGUUUACCUGGAAUUAUUAGUUUUGUUUUAUACUUGUUUGCUUGAAAUGUUAGGACUCUUUAUCACCAUAAGUUGAGUAAGUCACUGUUUACAUUGGCACAGUGAAUAAGGGGAAAUCGAUUUAACUACAUUCCUACAGGAUGCCCUGGCUGCUUUUGACUCUGUGCACUGUUCAGCCCUUAGUCACAUCAUGGCAUCACAGGAUCCCUCUGAGUAACUUCCAGGUCCUCCUUGACUACAAAUGCCAGGAAAUCAAGUGCAGUCACCUGGCUGUGACAGAGAAAGGCUGCAUGGGGCUGCCUGUCCUCUCCAGAGUGCCUGAGGGGUCAAAGUAGGAAUCUCUGCUUCAUUCCCUUGGCAGGAACAGUCUCUGUGAGAGAUGAAUAUGCUCAUAGACAAAAGGUGCACUGUUUCUUUCAUUGAUAAAAAAGGAUAUUAGUACUUAUUUGGAAAUGAAAUGCAAAGCGAAAUGCUUCUCAAGCUACUGUGGUUGUUGUACAGGCCUGUUUGUUAGUCAUAAAAAGUAUGUCUGAUCAUAAAACAGACAUAUGAAGGAUAAAGUCUGUGGCAAAAAUUUUCUGAAAUCAGGGCUACAAUUCAGUUAUGUGAAAAAACAAGACUUUUCUGGUGGUUCUGAAAGAGCUUGAGACAGCAAGAAGCAGCUGGUUCAUUGCUAAAUACCCAGGGCUUAAAUCUCAUAAAUAUAAUCAUCCUCUGUAAGUGGAAAGAGAUAAAAUCAGGCCCCAAAGCACAGGUAGCAUUCUGCUUGGUGAAGCAUCCCACUUGGUGAAGCAUCCCAUUACGGUGCUUCAGUAUGAAUUAUACACUGCAGUACUAUACACUACCUAUUCAUCAUCCCUUGCCCCCUCUUAAAAGUGACCAAACGUGAGCUGGAAUAUUUUCAGAUGUUUCAUGUCAAAAGGAUGAAAAGGAAAAAGAAUAAUGUUGGUCUUUUCCUUACACUCAGAAAGUUCCCCAGAUUUUGAAAUUACCUACUGUACAGUAUCUAUAGCAGAGUUUAUUUAAAAACUAAUCAUAAGAGUCAUUUAGGUUGGAAAAGACCCUUAAGAUCAAGUCCAACUAUUGUACAACUUGUUUACUUUACAUCACAGGAAAUAAAAAGGCACAGGGAGUGUGAGUAUGGUGAUAACAGUUAAAGCUUAUGUUUCAAUUCUAUUACUGUACAGGAAAAUUGCUAUUUUGCUAGCUGUUAAUAACAAGAUGAUGUUAUUAUUACAAAGAAAACACUGAAUUCAGAAAAACUGAACAGAGCUAAUUUCAGCAUAAUAUUUUUCCUAAGAUAUUAUGCAGCACAAAAAUUGUCUUGAUAGUAUUUAGUAUCCGUACAAAUCAUUCAGAUGUUUUAGUACUGAUUAUGUUAUUUGCACUGAUUUUCUCUAUUUACAACAAUGAAACUACUUACAUUUUGCAUCAGUGUAAGAGGAAAAACAUAAUCAUCCUUCCUUUAAGUAUAAGUUACUUGAUUUGUUUUAGCAAGAUACUAUGGUUUUCACUAAUUGCUAUAAACAGCUUCUAUCAAUGACAUUUUUGCAAAGAAAAAGAGUGGAAAAAAUACUGAAAUUUUGAAAACUUAUUGUAAGAUGCCCAAAUAUGAAUUUCAUUUUGAUAGUAGUAUUAUUAUAGUGUUUAAGUAGUGGAAGAUGUGAAUUGGAGAUAAAGCCACUACCAGUAAUCAUUAGCAACUAAUACUAGAAGAUCUUGAAAGUAGUUGCAUGUUUUUUAUCAGCCUUUCUUUUCUCUCACCACUACAGAAGUACACUGUUUUCUAAAGCCAAUCUUUUCUGCAGACACUAUCACUCUGAUAAUUAACAUAAUGACAGAAAAAUAGCACGUAGUUUUUAGUCCUGCUCUUCCAGAAGCUCUAUAUUUGUCAUUCUUUGAACAACCAGAAACUGGAACUUGUCACAGAAGGAUGAAAUCUGUAUUGAAUCACAAAAUCUUGAACGGAGAUGAUAAAAUUUCUCCCAACUCUGGGCUCUGUUCUUGUAAAUUGUAGUUGGAAUGCCUCACAGAUGGAGUCUGGUUUUUUUAGUUCAACAAUUGGUAGUCAUUUGCUUUUAAUGCUUUCUUAUGGUGUGAACUGAUUUCUGUCACUUACAUGUAUAAAACAAACUAGACAUUCUUUCUAUACUGGAAAUAGUCGUGAAUAUAAUAUUUCACUAAGUGUUGUACCUCUUCUGUACAUAUCAAUAAAUGUCGAUUCAUAAUUUUCA